GCAGCAGCAGUGUCAUCCUCCCUUCGACUUCGAGUCCUGACGAAAUCUGACCACCCCGGUUCACACUGCGCUGCUCCGCCCGCCCGCCCGCCAUGGCGAUCCGCUCCUCCAAGGCCUGCUGGAUCUCGCUGCUGCUCGCGCUCGCGCUCUCCGCCGUCGCGCGGGCGGAGGAGCCCGCGGCGGAGGGUGCGGCCGAGGCCGUGCUCACACUCGACGUCGACAGCUUCGACGAGGCCGUCGCCAAGCACCCCUUCAUGGUCGUCGAGUUCUACGCCCCCUGGUGUGGACACUGCAAGAAGCUUGCUCCAGAGUAUGAGACUGCGGCCAAGGAACUUAGCAAGCACGACCCACCGAUUGUUCUCGCUAAGGUUGAUGCUAAUGAGGAGAAGAACAGGCCGCUUGCUACCAAGUACGAGAUCCAAGGGUUCCCAACCCUCAAGAUCUUCAGGAACCAGGGGAAGAACAUUCAGGAAUACAAGGGCCCCAGGGAGGCUGAUGGCAUUGUCGAUUACUUGAAGAAGCAGGUUGGCCCUGCGUCCAAGGAGCUCAAGUCACAGGAAGAUGUUGCGACCCAUUAUGAUGACAAGAAUAUCUACAUUGUUGGUGUCUUCACUGAAUUCAGCGGCACUGAAUUUACAAACUUCAUGGAGGUCGCUGAGAAGCUGAGGUCUGACUAUGACUUUGGCCACACUUUGCAUGCCAACCACCUCCCACGCGGUGAUGCAGCGGUGGAGAGGCCAUUGGUCAGGGUGCUGAAGCCAUUUGAUGAGCUUGUUGUUGACACCAAGGAUUUUGAUGUUGCUGCUCUGUUGAAGUUUAUUGACGCUACCACCGUCCCCAGAGUUGUCACUUUUGACAAGAACCCUGACAACCACCCGUAUCUCAUGAAAUUCUUCCAAAGCUCAGCCCCCAAGGCUAUGCUGUUUUUGAACUUCUCCACUGGACCUUUUGAUUCUUUCAAGUCUGUUUACUAUGCUGCCGCAGAGGAAUUCCAGAACAAGGAAAUCAAGUUCCUUAUUGGUGACCUUGAAUCCAGCCAGGGUGCCUUACAGUACUUUGGUCUGAAAGAGGACCAGGCACCCCUUAUCCUCAUCCAGGAUGGUGAUUCCAAGAAGUUCUUGAAGGAUCAAAUUGAGGCUGACCAGAUUGUCUCUUGGUUGAAGGAGUACUUUGAUGGCAAAUUGACGCCGUUCAAGAAGUCUGAGCCUAUUCCUGAGGUCAACAAUGAGCCUGUUAAGGUGGUUGUGGCUGACAACAUCCAUGAUUUCGUCUUCAAGUCUGGCAAAAAUGUUCUUAUUGAAUUCUAUGCCCCCUGGUGUGGACACUGCAAGAAGCUGGCGCCCAUCUUGGAAGAGGCAGCCACCACUCUCCAGAGUGAUGAGGAAGUUGUGAUUGCUAAGAUGGACGCGACGGCCAAUGAUGUGCCCAGUGAGUUCGAGGUCCAAGGCUACCCAACCAUGUACUUCGUGACCCCCAGCGGGAAGGUCACCGCCUACGACAGCGGCAGGACAGCAGACGACAUCGUCGACUUCAUCAAGAAGAGCAAGGAGACCGCCGGCGCCACCCAGGCGACGACGACGACAUCUGAGAAGGCAGCUGACGCAGCCGAGAAAGCUGAGCCCGUCAAGGACGAGCUGUAAACAUCCAGUGCGUGGAUGGCGCUGUGGCUGUGUAAGCAUGGGAGAGGAGGGGGGAGAGAACACCUGGCGCUAACAUGCUUGUCAGCGCCAAGCCUCCAAGUUUAGUUUUUGCGAGAGGGGAGAGAGGGCAAAGAGGAAGAGAAUGCGAGGGGAUCUGUGACGUGUUUUGCUCUGUGGCGCGGCAUGUCUGUGUAUCCCAUUGAGAUUAUGUACAAUUUACAACCAGUCAGCGGUACCUUUUCUUUAGUUAAAUAUCAGAAGUGACAGUAGAAAGAAACUGAUUGUGGUCGGGUUGAAUGGAUGAAUAAAUAGCGAGUCCGCCAUCAUGGAAAAGGCGUUUUUUUUU